UCCAUCGGAGGGGAAAAAAAGAAGGGAAGGGGAAUCGCUCCGGCGACCCGCGGCGAUUGGGACGGGAUGGACCGAGCCAAGCCGCCGCCGCCGGCGGGUGGUAAGCAGGAGCUGGAAGAGGCGCUGCUCCACAUCAUACAACAGCACCACCACCAGUCCCUCCGCCAACGCCAACAAACUGAUAGAGCCAAGAACGAUGCUUUGAGAAGCGCUGUGCGGGUGUCCGAUCUCCUCGUGGACACGGUCGACGGCGGCGUGCAGGAGCUCUUCGUCAACGAGAGGCGCAUCGAGCACGAGGCACGCGCGCUGCUCACCACUAUCGCGCGCUACAGGAAGCAGACUGACCAGUGGCUGGCUGCCACCAACGAAAUCAACUCGGUCUUGAAGGAAAUUGGAGAUUUCGAGAACUGGAUGAAGAUCAUGGACUUUGACUGUAAAAGUAUCAAUGCAGCGAUACGCAAUAUUCAUCAGUCAUGACUCUUACCUGCAAACACAACUUUAGGAAGUAUUCAUGUCAUUAGAUGUGCUGAUUCGAAUUAUGCGUGCUGGAAACCUUCUUGUAUAGAACUUCUUCCUGUUUUUUCUGUACAAACUGUAGAAUGAAUCCUUGCCAAGCAUCUCUGCUAUGAAUACCACCUCUGAUCCCUUCAAUUUCAAAGUCAAGAUAGGUGUGGAAACACUGAAAGGUAAGACCAAUUACUGUAUUAAAAGUAUUCUUUGUAUCAUUUUAUUCCAUGCACAUGCAUGCUUUGAAAGCAGUGAAUACAUCUUUGGAGUAGACUACUGCAUCAUGAAAGGGACACUUCCCCUUUCAAUGAUGAGUACAAGGUACUAAACCACACACAUGCACAGGCAGCAAUAAUGUGAGUCCUAGUUUACCUUCCUGCAGUUUCUCCUUAUCUGUCCACUUGAUCCAGUGAGGGGACUAAUGUUGCUCAUCUUCACCAUCGCCGCACUGAAAUCAGUGAAGAAUUUUGCCAUGUUUGAAGAAUAGGUGGUUGUCUGGGAGUCUGCUGAGCCUCCAUUGAACAAUUGCUGAUCAGAAUGCAGAACACCCUUCUUGUUCAGCAAGUUCUUGUAGUAGAAAUUGUCAAAAACAUAGGGUGUUGAGGCGUCAAGGGGGGAAAUGUUAUUGUCGCCAGUGUUGUUUGGACAAUUUGAUUUCAGCGAUGUUACAAGGGAUGUGUCAAUGUUAGUUUCGCUGUAUAUGCGAUUGCGGAAGUUGACACAUCUGGCUUGCCCAAUGGUGUGACCUCCUGGUAAUUUUUGGUUUCAUGUCAGUCUGUAUUCAGUAGUAGUACUAUUGGCAUUCAAGGAACGAAACUAGCUUGGACUGAUUUAUGAACCAGGUCUAUGGUAAAUGACAAAAAUUGCAGUCUUUCAGUACCUGAGAGUGCAAUCAUGUCAGUUGUACUCAGUCCUUUGUUUGAGAACAACUUGGUAAGAUCACUGAGGUCAAGGGUUGGUGCUGGGAUGUCAUUGUUUGCAGCAUCUAGGCUUGCUGUCGUUGAGUCCCUCCUCCCCUGAUUGACAACCCAAGUAGGCCCUCCAAGCUGAAAUAGAAAUUGUCUUUAGUAUUGUUUGUUUGUGUUGGAAUGCGUGAAACAUGAUUAGUCAAAGAGUUGCUAUAGAAUCUCUGGAUAUCAUGGAGUGUUGACUUUAGUAGCUUAGUUUAGUGCUUCCUGAUGCCCUUUUUAGGUCUAUGUUUAUUUCAAUUAACAUAAAGAGCCUUGCCAUGAUGCCAUCAUCAUUUCAGUUGAAAUACGGACAAGCAUUUCAUUGUGGUUUGCUGCGUGUGGUUCAGAAUCAUAAAUACUUCUACAUUAAUAUUUUAAACUAAUUUUAGAUGUUGUCUUUUUGUUUUGGCUUACCGCAACAACUGAAUCGCGUGCUGCAACAGCAAGGAUGUCAGCGCAUGAUACCACCUGCGGGCAGAUCCCCUCAAUCUGUGCUUUGAUGCUGUCGAUCACAUCAAAUCCACGCAGGGAAUUGUUGUUCGGAACAGCGGUCUUCUCCCCUGUGAAGGUUGGGGUGUCAUCAAGCAGCACGGAGCCAUCGCAACCCUGUAUUUUUAGCUUUUCCAUGUUAAAUAAUCCAGAAAAUGUAAGUAUGAAACUAUCUGCAGAUUUGGUGACACUUGCAUUGACAAAGCAGUCAUGGAAGUGGAGGCGGAGCAAUGAUGCACCCAUGCGGUUUUCCUUGGCCACAGCAGAUCUUACGGCUGUUUGGAUGGUGUACAGUGCAUUUGGGCAUGACUUGUCAUAGAAAUUUGCAGUGAGCUGAGCUGAAGCCAAGCUUGCAGCAAAGAAGAAGGCCAAGACACUGCAAGCGAGGGGUUUAUGGGAGGCCAUGUUGCUCAGGGCUUUAGAGCAGUAUGAUGGCCAGUGUCAAUGUGCGCAGAUAUUUAUAGGCAGAAUAUUUGCGCAUGCUAAGUUUCUAACUUUAUGCUAGUGGCUUUGAAUAUUCCUUAAUUUUCUUCAUCGGGCUAAGUGGAGUGGUCUGUACUCCGAAAGCACGUUGUAUUAACGGACGUGAUUGGACAGAGGCAUGACUACAUUGACUUGUAUAUUAUGUGGCUUACUCUGUCAAAA